GCCGCGGCCGCCCGCCACACUUCACGAGACCCCACUGCUGAUCGCGAUCGCGAUAACUUUCAGUACUUCCCGACCGACGCGAUAGCUUGCCGAUUUCGUGAUGAAAAGUUUGUUAGGGUUUAGUAAAGCACGUUAAUGUGGGAUGCAAGUGGAGGGGUCGAGGCGGCGAUGGUGAGGUUGCGGUGAUCGCGCGAUGUGCCGCGAGUCGCGCGGACGCGCCAUCGUCGUGCGAUGAUCGCGCGUCGCACGCCGCGCUGUCGUUUGCACGCGCUCAAACUCGCGCGGGUUUUCUUGUUGCCAAUCGUUUUAACUAUUGCCAAAUCACAAAACGAGCGUGCCGUGGUCGCUCGACUAGAGAACGUGACGCAUACCGUGUCACGGAUACUCGACGGAUAUGAUAUACGUCUACGACCUAACUUUGGCGGAGAUCCGCUGUACGUUGGAAUGGACUUGACUAUUGCUAGUUUCGACGCAAUCUCUGAAGUCAAUAUGGAUUAUACCAUUACACUCUACUUAAAUCAAUAUUGGAAAGAUGAAAGACUAGCCUUCGGAUUGCCGGAGGAGGUUUUGACGUUGUCCGGAGAUUUCGCGGAUAAGAUCUGGGUUCCGGACACCUUCUUCGCAAAUGACAAAAAUAGUUUUCUCCACGACGUGACAGAGAGGAAUAAGCUGGUUCGCCUGGGAGGUGACGGCAGCAUCACAUACGGGAUGCGUUUCACAGCGACGUUGGCUUGCAUGAUGGAUCUACACUACUAUCCACUCGACAGCCAGAACUGCACCGUCGAGAUUGAAAGCUAUGGCUACACGGUAUCUGACGUGGUCAUGUACUGGAAGAACACCCCGGUACGCGGCGUCGAAGACGCUGAACUACCCCAGUUCACAAUUUUAGGCCACGAAACGAAUGAUAGAAAGGAAAAGCUGGCGACAGGAGUGUACCAGCGUUUAUCUCUUAGUUUCAAAUUACGAAGGAAUAUAGGAUAUUUCGUAUUUCAAACAUAUUUGCCGAGUAUUUUGAUAGUGAUGCUAUCUUGGGUGUCCUUCUGGAUAAACCACGAAGCAACUUCAGCUAGAGUUGCAUUAGGUAUAACAACCGUGCUCACGAUGACAACGAUUAGCACCGGGGUCCGCAGUAGCCUCCCGCGGAUCUCUUAUGUCAAAGCCAUCGACAUCUAUCUGGUGAUGUGCUUCGUUUUCGUGUUUGCUGCCCUGUUGGAGUACGCUGCCGUCAACUACACAUACUGGGGCGCCCGAGCACGGAAGAGGGCCAAGUUAAAGAACCGCGAUCAGAUGUCGACGAGUAGCUUCGAAAAGGACUUGAAGAGUUCUGGAAGGCCACGUUCUCCAGACGAGAUUAUAGCGAUUCGUGAGUGCACCACGAGUAUGGGACGGGUUUCUCCGCUGUUAGGAUUACGGACGAAGCCAUUGCCGUCGACUAGCGGGGGUCCGCCCUCACUGAGACUACAACGCGACAACACACUACGUUACAGGACGAGACCAAAUUCUAGGAAUUCGAGAAAUGCGGCUAAUAGCAAGCCUAAGAUGAUGCACGCGCUACGUCGCGGCGCUACUGUCAUCAAAGCCUCGAUGCCGAAGAUAAGGGACGUAAAUGUCAUAGAUACUUAUUCCCGGGUCGUCUUUCCCGUGUGCUUCCUCAUCUUUAACGCUGUCUAUUGGGUCUUCUAUAUUUUCGAUUAAUUUGUUCCCUGCAUCAUCAAUUCCAUACAAAUCGUUAUAUAUUUUAUGCAAAACAUUUUAUAUAGCCGUAUAAAUAAUAAAACUAGACAAACAAUAUUCCUUCCUAUAACCUUAUAUGUUAAAGGAUUAUUACAGAUCAGUAAAUGACUGCCGAUCAGGCUCAAUUCUGUGAUAUGUUGGUCGAUCACAGAAUUUACUUCAUGAACUAAUUAGUUUGGAGAAUUGAUCUACCUCCAACUAGGGUCUGAUGAAUCUGCUGGUGUACCUAACUCCUGAAUGGGUUCGAGUUCUCUUAUUUUUCGUAUUUCGAGAACAAAUCGUAUACUUAUUGUUUUUUACAACAACGGAUAGAAUACAUUAUGCAAAGUACAUAUCCAAUAGGCUGAAAGGCCAAACAAAAUUUAGUGACAAUUAACUAUCAUGGUUGAAAAUUAGCUAUGUCAGCAUGGCACUAUGGUCAACAGUGUUAAAUAUUAAAUUUUACUAAUGUAGACAGCCAAGUAUACGGCCAACUUGAUAGUGAGCGAUCACCGACGCUCCAAAACCUCGGUAAUGCCAGGGGCACAACGUGUUAUUGUUGCUAUCUAAAAUUGGGUAACGGUUAAUGUAUUUUAUGUUAAAUUUCCAUCAGUUAUGAAUGAAUACUGAAUAUGACUAGCCUCUACUAGACUCUGACUAGACUAGUCCAUAGCUACCCAAAGUACGGUAAGCUGUGCAAGGCUUCUUCGACAAAAUAAAAAUUAAAAUAUUAUCGAUAAUCGUAAAUGUUUUCGAAUUUUUUAGGUGAACGUUUGUAUGACAAAAGCGUUUGUAAAAUUUUAAUAAGUAACACUAUUAUAUGUGUAAUAAAAUAGUUUUCAAUGUGAGUAGGGAUUAGAAUGCUGCAUGUUGUAAUUAAACUGCCAAUAUUGAAACAAAUAAGUAUUUAGAUGUUUACGCUAUCAUAUUGAUAAAUUUUAAAAUCUUUGCAGUUGAUUAAGAACGCACCAAUGAUAUUUAUUUUCAUUAGCCUCCUGUAUUGUAAUUGCCUAUUGCGCAUUCUAUACCUGUCUCACCGAACACUGACAGAAACUGUUAUGUGGUUGAUUUUUUAACCGUGCGCAUCCAAAUUUUACGAUCUCGUAAAUAUAGUAACAAUUGUGAGUAUUAAUGGGUUAUGGAUCGAUAAUGAGUGACCAUUCAACGAAGAGUAAUGUUGCACUAAAGUAAAUAAAAAAUUAAUAAAUAAAUUCAUUGCCGAUGUAUUGCGGUCGAAAUUAACCUUAUAAAGAACCAAGCGAUAAUAGAUGUCAUUUUAAAAUCCUUUAAAGCUUCUUGUGUUUUGUAAUACUCCGAAGCAGUGACUAUGCCAUUUUUUUUAAAAGUCACCGUGUAAAACAAUAAGUUUUAGGAUUUAUAGCAUAAACCUUGUCUACGAGAGUCCUAGUUAAAACUACUUUUAACCUCCUGGUUUAAUUGAGAUUAUAUUAUUUCCAACGCUUUGGAGAAUGCAGUUUUCGUGACUAUAAAAAAGUACGAACGUAAACAUAGUUUUAGUUAUGUUUAGGAUAUAGAUAAAAAAUAUCUAAAUAACACCCUUCCCUUGACAUUUAUGACGUGUGUGUUCAAACCACGAAGAGUAGUUUAGAUAUAUACUCACCGUAGCUUGUUUAACAAAUUGGUUCCAACAUUUAUCAAUUAUACGUGCAUUUCAUGAAAGUUUAAUUUAUAAUAGGAUUUUUGAAUUUUCACUAUUCGGCCUCAGUUAGCAUGUAUGAGUUUUAUUAAAAUGUUGAUAUUGUAUUAUUGUUUCCAAAACAAAAAACUGAAAGUUUACUUAAAAUCUUAAAUCUUUUUUAGCUUUUGAUUUGGAAUCUUAGGUUAGGCUGACGUCAGGCUUGAAAUGUACCUACCUACUCAACAAUAUUAAUGAGCACUUCUAAUAAUUCUGUGUUCUAAAUCUACAUUCUUUGUCAUAAUAUUGAUCUAUAAGACUUAGCUGAUUAAAUAGAGGAAUUUAAGAGAUUAUAAACGAAAAUAUUUCAAAGAUUAUAUGAUCUAUUCGGAGUUGUUCACAAAAACUUCAAAAGAAUCCAUUAUGUAGCACUAAGUAUAUGUUAGCACUUUGAAUGUAUAGUUACAUUUUCUGUGUAAAUAAAUAAAGUUUUUAAACUGUAUACCUUGUAAACGUUAUAUAGAUUCAUUGAUGUUAAUGUUAGAUUUAGCUUAAGAAUAUCAUAUAAAUUAAUGUUUAAUACGAAAAUGCACGUUGUGUUUUAUUUUCCCUGUUGUUUGAUAGGUGUAUUUAUAAAGUUUGUUUUUUUUCGUUCAAAGGAGAGUUGAACUCGCGAUCAGUCCUAAUGUUAUUGGAGCUCAUAGGAACCGUAUAGUUAAUGCUAUUGCCCAUAUCAGAAUAAUGGCAUAGUAUAAAUGUGAGUCCGUUCACCAAUAUACGCUUAUUCCAAACAAACAAAAAACUACGCAAUAAUAGGGCAGUUACUUGAUCUUUAAAGAGUUUAAUUUUGUGUUGUAUUUUAGGUAACGUUAUAAAUAGCACGUAACCUGGGCAAAAUUUAAAGAGACCCUCUUAAGCCAUUAAUUGAGCGAGAUCAUCAAGUUUUUGUUUAGAAUUGCACGAUUCUCUUCGACCAAUUCUGCUGAGGUUCGUUUAGCAGUCAUAGGGUAUGUCAGCGUUAAGCCAGGAUUUACACACAUAAGUUCUUUUACAAUGAAAAUACAAUACAAUUCUAUAAAACUUUAACAUUACUUGUUUACAACAAAAAGCCACGCCUGAGUUAUUCAGUGGUUUUUACACAAUUGGCCAUUUUGUGUUGGUUAUAGCAACUACAACUUCUUUUAUACAAACAAAUGUAAUUACUGCGAAUAAAUUCACAAAACAUAGCUUAAUAUUCAAAAUACAUAUUUUAGUGAUUUUACAUGACUCACAUUUAAUUUAUUUUACAUGAAUUACUUUUAAGUAAUAUUAACUAACAUUAUUAUUAUCCAGCCUGAUAAUAGAUGGCGCCAACAACAUCAUUGCAUAACAAUUACAAUACUUAAUUAAAUUAUUAGUACUGUUAAUUAUAAUAUAAAUUAUUAUUAAUAUUUAUGCUUUAUUCAUAUUUAAUCAUUUAUACAGUAAUUUGUGUUUUUAAACAAUAACAUAAACAUUAAACAUAUUCUGAACAUUUUCACAUCAAAACAGUGUCUGCUAAUUAUUAAAUAUGGUAGAAUAACAGUUUUGUUGCUAAUAAUUAAUAAAUAUUAACAUAUAAUAAAUUAAACUAUAUAUUAUUAUGUUAAUUAUUGCCAACAGUGGCGUUUGCGCCCAUACGGCCAUACUGAUUCCAGCGCGUCCCUUGCGCUGUUUUAGAAUUUCACAUAACAGUAAACAAGGCAUAUCCCCUACUGGGAUCUACCCAACACACAAGGCACCAUUCACCCUUACGAGAUCUAGCUAACACACAAGAGGAUUACCCAACACACAAAGCAUCACCCAUACGGGUCUAGUUAACUCGCAAGCCAUCAUCCUUACGGGAUCUAGCCAACUUACCAGGCAUCACCCUUACGGGAUCUAGCCAACACACUCGGCAUCACCCAUUCGGGAUCUAGCCAACUCACAAGGCAUCACCCACUUGGGAUCUAGCCAACCCACAAGGCAUCACCCAUUCGGGAUCUAGCCAACUCAUAAGGCAUCACCCAUUCGGGAUCUAGCCAACUCAUAAGGCAUCACCCAUGCGGGAUCUAGCCAACUCAUAAGGCAUCACCCAUUCGGGAUCUAGCCAACUCUCAAGGCAUCACCCAUACGAGAUCUAGCCAACUCAUAAGGCAUCACCCAUACGGGAUCUAGCCAACUCUCAAGGCAUCACCCAUACGAGAUCUAGCCAACUCAUAAGGCAUCACCCAUACGGGAUCUAGCCAACAAGACCAGGAUUAAGGAUUCGCAUGGUGGCCCGCCAGCGUUUUAGGAAGGAUAAUUGGAUAGGAAAAUAAAAGUAGCCACUUUAACAAAUUAUCAAUCAUUUUACAGCAGAACAAAUCUCUCUGCCCAUACGGUCAAUUUUUCAGUUAUCAGAAUCCUCUGACAUUAAGAGGAUAGAUUUACCUGUAUCAAACCUUUACCAUUACCAAACCUUUACCUUUACCUUUAUCAAAACACAUUGGAUGGUAGAGACCGCUCGUCCAUCCAUUUCUCACCAGCUGAUUCAACUUCCCCUAAUUCAUCAUUCAGCGGACCAUUUCCAAUUUGCUUUAUUUUAAUGGCAGGUAGGGAACAUCAUCCUCCUAAUGCCUCUGCAUUUUUGUUUUAUUUUUGUGCUGUAGCUUUUAAUCAACUGUAAUUCUUAAAGCUGCCUGUUAGAGCUUAUUAAAUUAUAUUUUAUAAACAUGUGACAUUUAUGACCCAUCAAUAGUUCAGCAUGCCUGUUGACCAUGCUCUCUCUCUUUGCAAUAAUGUGGUACUGAAUUUCAUACUGUUCACAAGUUUUUGAAACUUCUGAAUUAUCUUUUAUCUUGGUGAUUUUUAUAAAAGUGACAGGGUUCCAAAAAUGUAACUAAGAUUUUUAAAGCAGAAAUCAAUACAGAGAUCUGUGCAAUCCUUUUUCUUGACUAAUAAUAAAUUGGCAUCCCCACUAGAAACCUAGGGUGCAGAGAGUUAAUCAACCACUCAUCCAAAAAUAAAUAAUUAUGAAAGGAAAAGUAAUAAUAUGGAGCUACUGAACAGGGAUGAGCUGUCUCUUAUUAUGACAUUUUAUUAAAAGUUUAUUUGUAUUGUAAUAUGCUUGAACUCCUCACAAUAAACAGGAGACAUACAGUAUGUACAGCGUUGUACUAUCCUAUCCAAAUUAAUUAUUUCAAAUCCAACUUUUAUCUGCCUGAUCACCAUCUAUGAGACAUGAUUUGCAAAAGUUACAUGAUGAUUGAAUAAUGACUCCAAACUUGAGCGUUCACUGGAUAGAAACUUAUAAAAAUAGAUAAGUUCUCUUCAAAGAGUGCAACACUGAGAAGUUAUUUUUUAAAAGAUUAAAACCUAUUAGGAUGUCAGCAAGACUGUCAGUAUUACCAUAUGAAAUUCUAUAAUAGUUCUAGUAUUUUUCUCCAUUAAAAGUCACAAUGCUUUGUUUUGAAAUCAGUUGACCCCUUAUGCUCAAAAACUUUACAUGAAGUUGUUUAGCUUACUAAACUAGAUCUGCAAUGAUUUAAGUCUUAUUAGUUGACCCCUUAUGCUCAAAAACUUUACAUGAAGUUGUUUAGCCUGCUAAACUAGAUCUGCAAUGACUUAAGUCUUAUUAGUUGACCCUUUAUGCUCAAAAACUUUACAUGAAGUUGUUUAGCUUACUAAACUAGAUCUGCAAUGAUUUAAGUCUUAUUAGUUGACCCCUUAUGCUCAAAAACUUUACAUGAAGUUGUUUAGCCUGCUAAACUAGAUCUGCAAUGACUUAAGUCUUAUUAGUUGACCCUUUAUGCUCAAAAACUUUACAUGAAGUUGUUUAGCUUACUAAACUAGAUCUGCAAUGAUUUAAGUCUUAUUUGUGGUGAUACCAGGUGAUACGUUUGUCCUCUUGACGGCGGUAACAAGUUUUCUCGAAAUGACGCAAGUGACGCAGUAACCACAUUUAAAACCUUAGUGUUACUAAAAGUGCCACGAAAACUGAAGGAAUCAUUAUGUGAUUGUGAUAAAACUGAGUUAUGUUUAGAUUAUUAACAUUAUAUUUACAGUAUAUUUUCAAUUUGACGCUUUCGGAACGUUUUUAGAAUCGAUAUUAUUUAGGAAGCGAAAUACAUACCACAGCGUAUUUCUCAAUAACUUGGAUCGAAUAAAUUUAAGAUAAAUACCUGAAAUCAGUAUUUUUACCAUCUCAGCGUCAGUAGUUUUUCCAAAACAUCCACGGUCUAGAACUCAUUUUAAAUAUCCACAUCCUUACUGAAUGCAUGGAUCAGUUCUUCCCUCGCUUGCUCCAAUGCGGUUCAAUACAAAGACCAGAUAUCGGCUUAUGUCUUGCUUGCUCUUUUGAACUCGAUGUUCAUGCGAUGAAACAAUUAGCUUCAUGAUAGUUUCGUCCACAUUUCCGCAUCGGUAUUGAUGUCACGCCCUCAUCGGAGUUGAACGGCGGCAAAUAAAAGUUAUAAUGCCACCACAAGGGUACAGCAUUUGCAGCUAUCAUCACUUUUCGCCUUUUUAAUACAGGUUGAGAGACCCAUCACUUCUUCAACAGUGGGUUACUUCAUUCGGGGGCUUACGAUUAAUUUUGGGGCUGUGAUCCCACUUCUGAUGUCAGCGUUAAGCCAGGAUUUACACACAUAAGUUCUUUUACAAUGAAAAUACAAUACAAUUCUAUAAAACUUUAACAUUACUUGUUUACAACAAAAAGCCACGCCUGAGUUAUUCAGUGGUUUUUACACAAUU